AUGAAGGCUGCUCCAUUGCUCGUCGCCUGGCACGACGACAACGCCGCCAUCUACUCCGCCCACUUCGAGCCCCACGGAAAGGGCCGUCUGGCCACAGCGGGUGGCGAUAACAACGUCCGGCUCUGGAAGAUCGAAGGCUCCGGCGAGGACCGCAAGGUCACCUACCUAUCCACCCUCGUCAAGCACACUCAAGCCGUCAAUGUCGUCCGAUGGUGCCCCCGAGGCGAGCUCCUCGGCAGCGCCGGUGACGACGGCAACGUCCUGCUGUGGGUUCCGUCCGAGACCCAGACCCAUCGCCCCUUUGGCGAAGACGGCCUGGACGACAAGGAAACAUGGCGGGUGAAGCACAUGUGCCGGUCAUUGGGCUCCGAGAUUUACGACAUGGCCUGGUCGCCAGACGGCGCAUUUUUCAUAACCGGCAGCAUGGACAACAUCGCGCGCAUUUACAACACCCAGAAUGGCCAAAUUGUGCGCCAGAUCGCCGAGCACAGUCACUACGUCCAGGGCGUUGCCUGGGAUCCGCUGAAUGAAUUCGUCGCGACGCAAUCCUCGGACCGCUCGGUGCACAUCUACACCCUGAAGACCAAGGAUGGCCAGUUUUCCCUUGCGCAGCACAGCAAGGUCACCAAAAUGGACCUUCCCGCGCGUCGCGUGUCGAAUAGCAGCCCUGCCCCUCCAGACCUUACAUCGCAAAGCAGUCGAGCUUCAUUCGUCGGAGAAGGCUCCGCUCCAGCCAUUGGGUCCCCCACCCCCUCUGCGCCGGGUACACCUGCGUCGUUAGCUCUGCCCAUGAAUCCGCCCACAUCGCACAGCCGCCGCUCUUCCUUUGGCUCGCAGUCCCGCCGCUCCGUCUCUCCGGCUCCGUCCUCGAUGCCGCUUCCCGCGGUUAUGCCGUCGACGUCGCCCAACAUUCAUGCGGGAUUGGCUGUUCGCAACGCAAGUAUAUACGCCAAUGAGACUCUCACCUCGUUUUUCAGGCGCCUCACUUUCGCUCCGGACGGAAGUCUUCUUUUCACUCCGGCUGGUCAGUACAAGACGCUGAAUCCCGGUAAUUCCGACGCGGCCAAGACCUCGGACGACAUCAUAAACACAGUCUACAUCUACACACGAGCCGGUCUCAACAAGCCUCCAAUUGCCUAUCUACCAGGCCACAAGAAGCCUUCGAUUGCCGUACGAUGCUCGCCGGUCUACUACCAGCUACGAGAUAGCCCCCCUCCCACGAGGCAAAUCACCAUUGACACGUCUUCCGCUGAUGAGGAGAUUCUCGCUUUGCCUGAGCCAGCGCUGCCCUCGAAGCCCCCGCGAUCGUCUUCUUCAAUGGACCCUCCGCCCAUUACCAGCGCGCCCUCGCCGUCCCCCAGUGCGGCGGCAGCAUCGCCAAGACCUGAUUCUGAGAACGGUGCAGCCGCUUCUCCUCUACCUUCAGGGCCUCCAAUGGCAUUCAGCCUUCCGUAUCGCAUGGUUUAUGCAGUGGCUACGCAGGAUGCUGUGCACAUCUAUGACACGCAACAACAGAAGCCGUUGUGCAUUGUCAGCAACCUUCAUUUUGCGACUUUUACUGAUCUUGCCUGGUCUACGGACGGUAGCACGCUCCUGAUGACAUCUUCUGACGGCUUCUGCUCCUGCCUCACGUUUGCGCCAGGUGAAUUGGGACAGGUGCAUCCCGGCCCGGCGAAGCACCACCCCGCGUCAAUCAACACCACAACCACGACGUCGAACCAAUCUACGCCGACCCCCACGCCGACCCAGGCUUCUGCCCCACCCGUCCCGAAACCCUCAAGUUCCGGCUCCGGCUCCGCCUUCCCGGCUUCGCCAUCUUCGUUCGCUCCCGCCCGACCGGCCAGCCCUGCCCGCUCCAUGUCCGCUUCGUCCGUUGCGACGCAGUCGUCGUUCGCCCCCGGCCCCGACCCGAACGUCGCCCUUAAUCAGCAGACGCCGUCGAUCAGCGCGGUUCCCGGCGUCGCCGCGGCCAACUCGGGUCCCGUCGGACAGAUGCCAAUGUGGACGCCGCCGCACACGCCCAUGCCUGGUGGCGGCACGCAGGGUGGAACUCACAGCGCGGCUAGUUCUGUUAGUGGUAUUAACCCUCCGCCCGGUAGUGGACGCCGCGAGAGCGAAUCGGAGAAGGAAGGUGAGCCUGCAGCGCCGGCGGCAGCAGCUAAGGAGACGUCAUCGAAGAAGAAGAGGGAAGGCGACAAGGAUGAGAAAGGCCCGGCCUCGAAGAAGAGGAGGAUUGCGCCGACGUUGGUUAGUACGACGGAAGGUGGUGCGGUACCGCAGGAGGGACAGGAGCAGGAUCAGGGACAGGGAGAACCGCCUGCUGCUGAGUGA